AUGUCACAGGAGGGACAGAUCAACAAACUCCUCACACCAAAGCAAUUAUCAGUGUUAUUAGGCCUCCUGGUUAGUGGGUGGCACGGCCUUUGGGACGCCAUCUGUUAUCGAGCGACAAGAGGAAGCAAGUUUGACGGCCCUCUUUUUGGUGUGGUUAUUACCCUGACAAUUACAACAAUCUUGGGAAGUCUUGUCAUCCCAAUUAUUGAUACCUGGUUUGGCCUCGUGGUUAUACCAAUCGAGCAAACGCAGUUACAAAUUAAUAGCCCUUCUAUUCACUCGUUUGGUCGGGGGCUUAUAAGUAGCGAUUGCACCGACAACGGGACCGGCUCUCCAUGCAACGUCAUAACAGCGAUGGGGAAAAGCUACCUUGUUUCUGCUAGCGAGGCUUUUAAAGUCUUGCACAAUGUCUCUACAAUCGAUAGAGUAAACUAUUUUCCAACAAACCAAUCACCGGCCGUUUUAUAUCUUGGAGACGCAGCAAGCUCCUCAAACGUCGACUUCAAAGCCACCACAUUCGCAGUAUCUACGCAGUGUCAACCAAUAACAUAUGACUGCACUUACAUGCAACCUAAUGACUCAAAGUUCAACUGUACACCUGCACUUACCGGCGACUUUAACACACUGUCAAGCCCGGUGGGAAUAAAGCUUUUUAGCAACUCAAGCCUCACCGAGACCUCGCCUUUCACAUAUCAGAAUCCAGUGUAUUUCGCGACUUGGGCUGUAAAAGAAGAGAUUGAUUCAAAGAGCUUUGUAAAUGACCCUGGAGUUGCCUAUCAUUCUGACGCAGUCGAAACAUUAUCUUGGAUCUUGAAUUGCUCUUCUACCGUCUAUGAAGCAACGUAUACCUGGGUGAACGAUACCGUAACAUCAUUCAACACGACUCUGGCGAAUAGCACUCUUGGUGGCAUCAUGUCUGGUCCUUUUGGCAACGAUCGUGUGAAUGCCGCAUUACAAUGCGCGGCUAACUUUGCCAGCGCCGGCAACAGCUCCGCCGACAUUGCGGAAACCACUGCAACUUUUAUGUCUCAUGCCGUGCUAUCACUAUCCGUCGGGGCUAUCAGCAGAAGAAAGAAUAUUCUUGAACAGUCUCGCUCGAAGGUACUUCUGACGAGGGUGCCAAUUAUUCCAUUUCGUCUCUUGAUUACACUCAAGGCACUUUACGUUUGUGGUAUCAUAAUAUUGGCAGCAGCCAUCAUCAUAUGGUCUCAUCCUAAAGAGGCAGUCGGGGUGAAAUCCCAGCUCACUAUUGAUGGAUUGGUAGGUACGAUAUUUAGGAAAGACAAGUUUCGCAUGCCUCUCCUGAAAAACCCGGAGGAGAUAAAAAAUGAAUCCCAAAAGAGUGAGGAGGGGGAAAUCAAAGUCGCUCUCUUGAAAACAAAGGAAGAAUGGUCAUAUGCCACAGUAUCGUUCAAGAGCGGUGAAACAGUCAUCCAGUUCAUGUAG